AUGAAUCCGAUAAUCAAGUAUCUAGCAAAAAAUAAGGUGCCGGAAGACCCCCUGGUGGUGAGGAGAUUAAGAGCUCGAGCAGCUUCAUUUACCAUCAUCGAUAGGCAGCUCUACAAGCGGGGUUUUACCAUGCCAUAUCUAAAGUGCAUAUGUCCCACCGAAGCCAAAGAGGUACUAUUUGAGGUACAUGCUGGGACCUGUGAUAACUGCCAAGGGACAACAUCCUUUGCCUUCAAAAUUCUGCGACAGGGUAACUAUUGGCCAACUAUGAAAGAGGAUGCCAAAGAGUUGGUACGAAAAUGUGACACAUGCCAACGUCAUGGAAAUUUGAUCCAUGUCCCGAUCGAACAGCAGACAGCCAUAUUUCGGGUGUGCCCAUUUUUUCAGUUGGGAAUGAACAUUCUAGGACCUCUGCCCAUGGCCAAAGGGCAGAAAAAGUUUUUGCUGGUUUCCAUCGACUACUUUACCAAAUGGGUGCACGACAGCAAAGAUACAAAGAUUUAUUGGAAAAGGAAAAAGGACUUUGGACAGAUGAGCUGCCCAAUGUGCUAUGGGCGUAUCACACGACUCCACGAGAACCGACCGGGGAAACACCAUUUCAGACUAACCUUUGGGAUGGAAGCAGUGGUUUCAGUUGAAAUCCUAAGUGAGACUGGUAGGAUGAAAGUCAAGCAACCCGAUGACACAGGGACUAGAGGGGAACUCGACCUGCUUGAGGAGGUAAGGGAAAAGGCGGCGAUAAAGAUGAUGGUCUAUAAACGAAGAGUUGUGGGGUACUUCAAUUGGAGGGUGAACCCAAGAAUCUUUCAGUCAGGAGACCUCAUUUUAAGGGAUGCAGCGGCAACAGGACACUCCUCGACAAAGCUGGAACCAAACUGGGAAGGCCCGUAUGAAGUGAUCCGCAGCCUGGGGAAGGAAGCUUAUAGCCUGAAAGACAUGAGAGGAAGACCACUGGAUAGGCCAUGGAAUGCAGAGCAUAUCAAAAGAUAUUACUAG